AGCGCUGGGGUCCGGGAGGGAGGGGGUGGCGGCGCCGGAGGUCGCCAUGGCUACCGAGCCCGAAGCAGCGGAGCCGGUGGUGCCUUCGCUCGUGGAUCGAUACUUCACUCGCUGGUACAAACCGGAUGUCAAAGGAAAAUUUUGUGAGGACCACUGUAUACUACAGCACUCUAACCGAAUAUGUGUCAUCACAUUGGCAGAAUCUCAUCCAGUUCUUCAAAGUGGAAAAACAAUUAAAAGCAUUUCCUAUCAGAUCAGUACCAACUGUAGCAGACUUCAGAACAAGGUCUCUGGGAAAUUUAAGCGGGGGGCACAGUUUCUAACAGAGCUUGCACCUCUCUGUAAGAUUUACUGCUCAGAUGGUGAAGAAUAUACUGUAUCUAGUUGUGUUAGAGGACGUUUGAUGGAAGUGAAUGAAAACAUUCUCCAUAAGCCAUCUAUUCUUCAAGAAAAGCCAUCCACUGAAGGCUACAUUGCAGUUGUGUUACCCAAAUUUGAAGAAAGUAAAAGCAUAACAGAAGGGUUACUGACACAAAAACAAUAUGAAGAAGUCAUGGUGAAACGCAUUAAUGCCACAACUACGUCAUGAGGAUUGACAUGGAAUAAAAAGUGAAGCGGGAUUCUUGUUACCUGGCCUAAACCAUCAGGGCACUAAAGGAGAAGAACCAGUAUAUGUAAAGCAUACCUAACAGCCAGCCAUAUGCAGGGGAGGCCUAGUGCUUCACUUAGUUUUCCCUCUCUGUCUUGCAUAAUGAGCCUUGGUUCCCAUUUGUCUACAGCCUGCCAGAUCUGGCCUGCCCAUGUACUCACCCUGUUCUCUUG